AUGGAUGCAAGAAUCUUUUUGCGAGCAGCAGCAGCGGCAUCACUGCUCCUUCUUUGUUUUGUCGAAUAUGCCUCGGCCAAGACUUUUGCUUCCACACUACUGUGGUACAAGACACCAGCCGGUAUCUUCAAUGAAGGAUUGCCUAUCGGAAACGGACGGCUGGGUGCCAACGUCUAUGGAUCGAUUUCCAAGGAGCAAAUUGCGCUCAACGAGGACUCUUUCUGGAGCGGAGGUUUCCGAGACCGCGUUAGCUCAACUGCACUCCCGGCAUUUCCUACCGUCGUAAAGACGCUCGAGGGAGGAGACCUUAAGGCCGCUGAUAAUUUAUGGAAUUCUAACAUGACAGGUAAUCCGACUUGGGAGCAAUGCUUUCAACCGGCAAGCACCAUGUUCGUCGACUUUGGCCAUAACGCUUCUCUGGCCCAAAACUACAACCGAUCCCUUGACCUUCUUACCAGCGUAAAUACCGUAACCUACAGCAUUGGGAGCGUACAAUAUACACGACAAGCAAUUGCAAACAACCCCAUGGACGCUCUGGGAUUCAGGUAUCAAGCGAACUCCACAGGCAGCUUGAAUUUUACUCUUUCUUUUACUCGUGGUCAGGCGCUAAGGUCCGUCAAUGCAAAUGCUUCCACUCGCACGAUCACGCUAAGAGGAGGCGGGACGUUGGACAAAACUUUGGAAUUCACUGCUAAGCUAAAGCUUGUGACGCAGACAGGAACCGUAACUGCAAGCUCGGAUGGCACCUCGCUCGUCGUGAAUGGGGCUACAGAUGUCCAGGUAUACUUCGAUGGAGAGGGAGCUUUCAGAUAUUCUUCGCCAGCCACUUGGGAAGCUGUCAUUGACAACAAGCUCAACGCAGCCGUAACUGCUGGAUGGAACUCCUUCUACCAACAAGCCAUCACCGACUACAGCGCCUUGGCAAGCCGUGUAGUGCUUGACUUGGGCAAUUCUGGGAGCAAUGGAGAAGUUGAAACGCGUGCACGCGUGGCCAAUUGGAAGAAGAAUAACCACCUCUCAACAGAUCCCGAACUCCUUACUCUCUUGUACAACUAUGGCAGAUUCGCACUGAUAUCUUCGUCGAGACCUGGAAGUUUGCCCGCUAAUCUCCAGGGUGUUUGGAACGAUCAAUUCUAUCCUUCUUGGAGCUCUAAGUACACGCUCAACAUCAACCUCGAGAUGAACUACUGGCCAGCAGAAGUAACAAACCUUCCCGAGACUCAUCUACCACUGUUCGAUUUCAUGAAGAGCAUGCAGACGCGUGGUCAGGGUGUUGCGAAAUCCAUGUAUGGAGCAAACGGCUGGGUAUGCCAUCACAAUGCUGAUAUCUGGGGAGACUGUGCACCAGUUGACUCUAAUACAUACUGGUCUGCGAACACCAUGGGAGGAGCUUGGGUCAGUCUCCAUCUGAUUGAGCAUUACCGAUUCUCUGGAAACAAUACUUUCGCCACCAACAUUGCACUACCAAUUUUGAGCGACUCGCUGUCAUUCUUCUACGACUUCCUCAUUCUCAACGACCGCGGCUAUUAUGUCACGAGCUACGGAGCAUCCCCAGAGAAUGCAUACCUCGUGCCGAAUGGAUACCCCAGCAACGGCUCAGUGGUUGGGAUCGAUCAAGGCACUGCCCAUGAUCGCCAGGUCCUGUACGAACUCUUUAAAGGCUUCAUCGAACUCUCUCAGGCGACAGGUAGCACGGCCGGAGUGGCAAAAGCCCAACAAUAUCUCUCCAAGAUCGAACCUCCAAACAUCGGCACAACAGGUUACAUCCUUGAGUGGUCGAAAGAGUUCACGGAAAAUGAGCCAGGGCAUCGCCACCUUUCGCAUCUCCUCGCCGUGUACCCCGGAGCACAAAUCAGUCCCCUCCUGAACCAGACACUUGCUAACGCUGCGCUCGGUUCCCUCAACCACCGCUUAAGCUCUGGCGGCGGUAACAUGGGAUGGUCGCGAGUCUGGGCGGUCGCUAUUUACGCCCGUUUAUUCCAAGGCGAUCUUGCUGCCAGUUCCAUCACCAAUCUCCUUACAAACUACAUCUCGUCUAACCUGUUCGACCUCAACGGUGGAGUGUUCCAGAUUGACGGCAAUCUCGGCAUUGUAGGCGCCGUUUGUGAGAUGCUACUUCAAAGCCACGCAGGUGUUGUCCAUCUUGCGCCGUCGCUUCCGACUACAACGCUUCCGACCGGAAGCGUCACGGGGUUGGUAGCACGAGGCGGCUUCGCCGUCGACGUGGCAUGGAGUAACAAUGCGUUCUCUAGUGCCACGAUCAAGUCCAGUCGAGGGGGGACUUUAGCCUUGGGGGUUGCAGGUGGCAUCAGCUUCAAAGUCAACGGCGCGGCAUACACUACGCCCUUUAAUACAGUAGCCGGACAGACUUAUCAGAUCACUCUCUAAGUACGCUGUAUCUCUAUCGUCAUCUCUAGAAGUUGUGUGUAUUUAAGUCUGAGUAAUAAAGUUGAUUCUGAG